UUAGUCACAUUACAAAUUUGUAAGCUUUUUAUUCUUAUAUAUAUAUAUUUCCAUUAAAGAAUUUAGGGAUAUUAUGGUUAGAGUUAUGGCUAGGAAACCUAUGAGUCAUAGGAUAUUAAUGUGUGAUAAACCGGAAUUAAUGGCAUUUUCCGGUGACCCUGCGAUUAAUAUUUCUGAUACUAUUUUCGGGUUUCUAGACGACGAUUCAUCGGAAAGUAUUUAUGCCAAUUUUUGUGUUGAAAAUGAAGAAGAAAAUGGUGAUGAUGAUGAUGAAGAGAAAGAAGAGUCUGAGAAUGUUGAAGAUAAUAAGUUUUGGGAAACUCAACAUCAACUUUUACAAGGUGUAUUAUACAGGACUACUUCAUUAGAAUCACAAAUUCGAAGCAUUACAAAAGAGACAAUAAAAGAAGCAAAUAAUAUUAUAUGCAGUUGCCGGAAAACGGUGGAUGACGGCUGCCGGAGUUGCCUCAUGAAGGAGGUUUGCAGCCGUCUGCAAAUUGCAGGUUUCAACUCUGCAAGUUGCAAGUCCAAGUGGAAGAGCUCUCAAGAUAUUCCAUCAGGUGAACAUACAUUCAUAGACGUGAUCGACUCUUCAAAUCCUAAAAAAGGAGAAGUUCGAGUUAUCAUCGAGUUGAAUUUUCGAGCCGAAUUCGAGAUGGCACGAGCAUGCAAAGAAUACAACCAAUUAGUAAAAAUUUUACCGGAAGUAUUCGUUGGAAAAAUCGAGAGAUUACUAUCGUUGAUCAAGAUUUUGUGUGCGGCAGCCAAGAAAUGCAUGAAGGAGAAGAAAAUGCACAUUGGGCCAUGGCGGAAACAAAAAUACAUGCAAGCAAAAUGGCUCAAAACACGCGAACGUGAGGCAGCGGCCAAGCUACCAUACUCGUCCGCUGUGGACGAGUAUUCUAGCCGGCCACCACGACCGAGGGCAUCCAUGCUCACGGUUGAUUUGUUGGAAAAUUUGCCAAGUUUACAUCUCAUCACGGCGGUUGAAGUAGUAUGAAUUGUGAAGAGAAAUUAGCAGUAUAUGUUAUGUUAAUUAGUGUAUACAAUUGGAAAAAAAAAAGGUUAUUACUCUAAUUGUUAUUGUUGUUUUUCUUUAGGCUUUUGGGCCUUAUUGGGUUGGAGAGUAGAGGUUUUUGUUAGAAGUUUUACGCGAGAUAUAUAAUGUGACUCACAUAUUAAUUAAUUAUCUUGUUUCCCAAUUAGAGGAAUAAA